GUGCGCACUCGGUCCGGCAGUCCUCCCAGGGUGGGCCUGGAGCGCCCCCGCCCAGAGUGCAUAGGACGCCCAGGCUCCGAGCGCUCUCUCGGCUGCGGCUCCCCCCAGGGCUCGGUGUUGGCUCCGAGGCGCUGCGGGGAGCAACAAAUCAUUUCAACUCUGAAACAUCUUAGACUAAAAAACUUCCCACAGUGCUGAAAAGUUAGGAGACUGGCAAAUAUUUCCUUUCCUCUCAUUUGAGAGGAAUUGAAGAAAUAAAAUGGAAGAGGUUUAAAGUCAAUAUCCAGAAUGAAUGAUGAUAAUUUACAUGAUAAAACAGAAGAUGAAUUGCAUUCCUUAUUUAUCAGUGAUAAAAAUGGAAAUAGGUGUGCAUACAACCAAAAAUCACCAUAUACCCAAAACUCUUCAACCAGUCAUGUGAAUUGGAAUUCUGCCAAUCCAGAGGAUAUGGUGGUCGAUUAUGAAAUGGACCCUUCUGUGGACAGUGAUGAAAGUAUUUUUUCAAACUACCAAUGUUUUGAAAUACUUGAUCACCAAAAGUCAAGUGAUUUCAUUAGUAAGCGGGUGUUAGAAACACAUGAAGAUCCCACAUGUAAGUCUUCUGCACUUAUAAAUACAGAGAAGCCCAAAUACCAGCACAGUGAUUGUCAUUCUCUAGAAGCAGUUCAGGACCAGAGAAUCAAGCAAUCUCUGCCUUUUCCGUGUAAGCCUAAUGAUGAUUUGAACUGUACAGACUACUCUGCUGCCUCGGAGCUAAACCAAACCUUUGACGUACAAGUGAAUAAAGUCAACUGCACUUUUAUAACACACCAUGUCAGUGAAAAGAGUCAGUUUUUGCACACCACUGGAAGUCCACAACCAACCUGUGUGAGAAGUGGAAAUACAUCUCCUGUAUCCUGUUCUACUUGGACAUCAUCCCAUGUUGAUAAGAUGCAUGUGAGAGAAAUUAGUUAUAAUAGAAAGAGCUUUGAAAACCCUCAAGCCACACCAUCAGAGGCCCCCAAUACAGCAUUUUCUGAUGUGCUAAUGCAAACAGAUGUUGUUCCAGAUAUUGGAAAUCAGUGUCAAUAUUCUUCAGGAAAGGUCACCAGUGAAUACACAGAUGGGUCACAGCAAAGACUAAUUGGAGAAAAAGAGAUACAAGCACUAACACCAGUUUUUGAUGUCAAAGAAGUCCCCAGUGGAUCUGUAUUACAGGAGUUCUAUUGUUUCUCUAAACAUGAACCAAAUAGUGAGACACAUUCACAAAGCUCAUAUGGUGAAAAGGAAAUGGGCCAAAAUCUAAGAGAAACAGUGUCUGAUUGUCUUAUUGAUGCUGAAUGCCCUUUACUGGUGCCAGCUUUUGAUAAAAAUAAAGCCCAAGUGCUGAACUCAGAGCAUAACUUCACAGUGACUGAUGAUCGACAAAUUGCUUCCAGUGAUAAGGAUUUGGGAACCCAAAAGAGUGGUGUAGAACUGAUAUUAAAUAGCUCACCAAGACAAAAGAUGGUUUCACCAUUUGAACUGACUUGGGAUGCAAGUGAUAUGGUCAUUAGCACAAAUAACACAGUUUGCAUGUCAACACCAGUUCUAGAACCCACAAAUGCAAGCUUUACUAUUUCACCUGUUGAAGCAACAGAGAAAUAUAAUACAAUGGAGAAGAGUCAUCGAGACCUUAAAAAUUUGCCAAACUCCAAGGGGAUACCUACGAACAUGUCUAAGCCUAGUGUAGGAAAAUUAGCCACCAAAACAAAUAUCCCUAUAGGUAGCAAGGUUAGAAAAACUGAAAUAAUAAGUUACCCAAGACCAAAUUUCAAGAAUGUCAAAGCAAAAGUUAUGUCUAGACCUGUGUUGCAGUCCAAAGACCCUGUGUUACCAAAGGUCACACCCAAGCCUCAGUUGACUAGUGUCUCAUCACCCUCAACAGUAUCUUCCACAAGACAGUUGACAGUUUUGAGCAAAACACCACGAUCUGACUUGAACGCAGACACAAAAGCAGAAAUCCUAAUUAACAAGACGCACAAGCAGCAGUUUAAUAAACUCAUUACUGGCCAGGCUGUGCAUGUUACAACUCAUUCUAAAAAUGCUUCACACAGGGUUCCAAGAACAACAUCUGCCAUGAAAUCGAAUCAGGAAGAUGUUGACAAAGCAAGUUCUUGUAAUUCAGCAUAUGAGACCAGGUCUGUAGCUGCGCUUUUUCAGAAGAUCAAAGGCAUACUCCCUGUUAAAAUGGAAAGUGCUGAAUGUUUGACAUAUGUUCCCAACAUCGAUGGGAUUAGCCCUGAAAAGAAGGGUGAAAAAGAAAAUGGGACACCUGUGGAAAAACAAGAACUGAAAAAGGAAGUUAUGAACCAGACUUUUGAAUAUGGUUCCCUGCUUUUGGGUUCUGCUUCAAAAACUACCACCACCUCAGGGAGGAACAUAUCCAAGCCUGACUCCUGCUGUUUGAGGAAAACACCCACUCCAAAAGGCAAAGUGGGGCCUGCUGUUUCCUGUUUGAGGCGGAACAGUGACACUCGGAGCCUCAGUUCUGAUCGAGCCUUAUCUCCUCAGAGGAUCAGGCGUGUGUCCAGCUCUGGAAAACCUGCGGGCUUGAAAUCUGCACAGCCAUCUUGGGUGAACUUGCCUAGACCACUUCCCAAAUCCAAGGCAUCUGUGAAAAGUUCUGUGCUGCGGAGGACGGGAAGCAGCCGGUCCAUUGCCAGCACCCACAGUGAUCUGAGCACCUACAGCACCAAUUCCGGUAAUGCUGCUGCCAUCAAGUAUGAGGAGAAACCUCCAAAACCAGCGUUUCAGAAUGGCUCAGGAUCCUUAUAUUUGAAGCCACUGGUACCCAGAGGUCACGUGCACUUGAUAAAAACUCCUCCAAAAGGUCCUUCAAGGAAAAACCUAUUUACAGCUUUUAAUGCAGUUGAAAAGGGCAGACAAAAGACUCCCCGGAGUUCCUGCAUCCAGACACAGACAUCUCCAGAUGUGCUGUCCUCCGAAAAGACUCUUGAAUUGGCCCAAUAUAAAACAAAAUGUGAAAACCAGAGUGGAUUUAUCCUGCAGCUCAAGCAGCUUCUUUCCUGUGGAAACGUCAAGUUUGAAGCAUUGACAGUUGUCAUCCAGCACCUCCUGUCUGAGCGGGAGGAAGCACUGAAACAACACAAAACCCUAUCUCAAGAACUCGUUAACCUCCGGGGAGAGCUAGUUGCUGCUUCAACAACCUGCGAGAAAUUAGAAAAAGCCAGGAAUGAGUUACAAACGGCCUACGAAGGAUUUGUCCAGAAGCUCACCCAGCAGCACCAGACCGACCGGGCAGAACUGGAGAAUCAGCUCAAGGAGUUCUAUACCGGAGAGUGUGAGAAGCUCCAGAACAUCUACAUCGAAGAGGCAGAGAAGUAUAAAACCCAGUUGCAAGAGCAGUUUGACAACUUAAAUGCUGCCCAUGAAACCGCGAAGCUGGAGAUUGAAGCUAGCCACUCGGAGAAAGUGGAAUUGCUGAAGAAGGCCUAUGAAAACUCCCUUUCAGAAAUCAAGAAGAGCCAUGAAAUGGAAAAGAAAUCGCUGGAGGAUUUACUUUGUGAGAAGCAGGAAUCGCUAGAGAAACAGAUCAAUGAUCUGAAGAGUGAAAAUGAUGCUUUAAAUGAAAAGUUGAGAUCAGAAGAGCAAAAAAGGAUGUCCAGGGAGAAGGCAAAUUUAAAAAACCCUCAGAUCAUGUAUCUGGAGCAAGAACUAGAAAGCCUGAAAGCUGUGUUGGAGAUCAAGAAUGAGAAACUGCAUCAACAGGACAUUAAGUUAAUGAAAAUGGAGAAACUGGUGGACAACAACACAGCCUUGGUUGACAAACUGAAGCGAUUCCAGCAGGAGAAUGAGGAAUUAAAAGCUCGGAUGGACAAGCACAUGGCAAUUUCAAGGCAACUCUCCACUGAGCAGGCCGUGCUGCAGGAGUCGCUGGAGAAGGAGUCGAAAGUCAACAAGCGCCUCUCCAUGGAGAACGAGGAGCUUCUGUGGAAGCUGCACAACGGGGACUUGUGCAGCCCCAAGAGAUCCCCCACAUCUUCAGCUAUCCCUUUUCAGUCACCAAGGAAUUCUGGCUCCUUCCCCAGCCCCAGCGUUUCGCCCAGAUGACGCUUUCUGCAAGCCAAGAGACUCUCUGAAGGCACCUGGGUGCAAGUUUGCAGGACAGACCCCAAUAAUGACUGUGGGAGCAAAAGCUACAUUAGCUUAUGUGGAGUCACUGCAGAAUAACUGGAAAGCACCCGCCACCAGAGUUGGCUAGUUAAGAGAUGGGGACUCUGGAGGGGAACACUUUUGACUCGGUGCAGAAGACUCCUCCAAAAAAGAAUGCGGGAUUGACGUGGACAUUGUUGCACAGAGCACUUAAGGAACGAGAGAAUCUUGUUCAUUGCCUUUUUCACUUAAGCAUAAGGGGAAAAACUCAGGGGCCUACUAGAUAAAGAUUUAUAACCUUUAUAAUGUUCUUCACCACAGACACCUUCUUGUGAUUUUUUUUUUUUUUUUUUUUAAUUUUGGUCUGACUGUGGGUAGGGGGUGUGAAUGAAAUGGAUGUAACAGUGUCCUGUGUUUGUGGCAGCCUUGUUUGCUGCACAUGAAAAGUCAAAAGCUGAUUAUAGCUGGGUAUGGACUACUGAAAUCAUAGUGUACAUGUUUCAACAAAAGCCAUAAAAGAAAAAGCAAUAGUUGCUUGAUUAGGGUGAUCUACUACCAACUGUGCUCAGCUCUGUGACGUGGCGGGGAGAGGCUGUGACUGGGAAGGCUUUGACUUGUUGAUGUCUGUAUAUUCUAUCUAUCAUUUUUGAAGUAACCUGUUGGCAGUUUUUCAAUGUUCAGCCCUGUCAGUUGAAACUUGGCUAGAUUUUCCUGUAGAUUUUUGGCUUACUCAAGACAGUCACUACACUAUGAUCCAUUUCUCAGGCUAUGAGCAAAUGUAGAACCCUAAUUUUUCUAAGAAAAAAAAAAAAAACUGUAUAAAAAAGGGCAGUACCAGUGGAGUGUUCUGCCUUAUUUUUACCUUGAUCUAAGUUCUCCUUAUAGAUUUAAGCUGUUGUCUUCUCUCCCAGUAUCCUCAUUUCCACCCUUUUCCUUUUUCCACCAUCCAGAGUCACAAAAGUAAACCUUCUACCUCCUACCUGCUUUUCUCUGGGACAAGGAUAGAGGAAUAUACUUUUCCAGAGCCAGCUCUUCUUCAAGGUGCUGAACCUAUUUUCCAAAUAAACCAAGGCCUGGAUCUGAUAUUACAAAUUUUGGGAAACCUUUGAGAAAAUAAAUAAUAGAGAAUGUUAUUGGCUAGAACUAAGAUAGUGUUCAGCAGUCUGUGAACACAGCACUUUGAUUAAGCCAGUGAUGCAGGUUUGCUAGAACCAAACAGUCUGGGAUGAUAAUGCUAUUUGGGGGAUACUUCUGUUGUCUUUGGAAAGGUGCAGAACGGCCAGCCGAUGAAUAGAAAAUGUGGCUCCUCCAAGUUGCGUUUGCAUUUCUCUUAAAAAAAAUUCACUCAUUGCUUCCCCCAGUUCUAGGACUUUGGAGAAGGUGGAAGGACAACUGGGGCUUUUUCCCUUCUCCCUGCAUGUGUCAACAUUGUGAUGUCAGUAUUUACUAAUCUGCAUUUGAUAGCUGUGCAAAUAACCCCAGUAGUAAGAACAGUCUCAGGAUACUAGAGGUGGAUAUUUGAGUCAUCACCUUACCUCUACACUACAUAGCAAAUUGAUACUCAUGAUGCAUGUUUUUUUAGUAGUGAUUGUGUUUGAAGUUUUUAAUCUGCAAUAGUUUGUUAUGUAUGUAACCUUCCAUGUUUGCUUCUGAUGAAUGGGAACACAGGUUCACUGCCACCUCCUGGAAUCUGUGCUCACGCUUCCAAGUUGUUCUCAAUGACAUUAGCCAAAGUUGGGUUUGCCAUUCACCCCCUACGCAUGGUUAAUCUUGUGCUAUUCCCUGCUGUCCUCCAUACCAUUUAGGUGUCUGGGAAAUAAAUCAUAUAGCAAUUAGUAUAAAAUGUCUUCAGAGGAUGGGAGACAACAAGAGAGAAGAUAGGAAACAAAAUAGAGAACUUUUAAGAUUUCUUUUUCCCAAACCAAAUGUUUCAUGUAGGAUGCAAAAUGUUGGCACAUUCUAAAAAUAUGGAUGUGUAAACAACCGUGGUUGUGCUCAGUUUGUAGUGAUGGAAAGUGUAUUUUACUCUGAUCAAAUAAAUAAUGCUGGAAUAUUCAAUAUAAGAA